AUGGGAAACUUAUUAGCUGAAGAUAAGGUUUGCUUUUUUUCUGUUUCUUUUAAAUUUAAAUUUUUUGUUUUCAGCGUCAAAUUCGAAUUCUGAAACUUCGUCUCAAAGGUUUGCACGGUCGCACGGUAAAUUUCAAAAUUAAUUACUGUGAAUGAAUAUUAAUAAAAGAGUUUUAUAGACCAAGCUGUUCAAAGUGUGUCAAAACAGAAUGCGCGAAAAUAUUCAAGAACUUCUGAUGGAUAUUGUUGACAUUUCUAGCUAUCUUGAACUUGACGCAUACGAAAAUGAUACAUACAUUCCAUAUGGACUUUUCUGGGUAAGAUAUUUUUGUAAUAUCAUAAAACAUUUUUAAUACAAGUUUUAUAGAGCCGUCAGAACAGAGUUUAUAUUUUUCUAACAUAAAUCUUAUUUUCAGGUUUGGUUCCCUCCAUAUGAAUACGAAUUGGAGGUCAUGCAGAAAGAGUACUUCUUUUUCGAAAGACAUGUGCUCAAAAAAUGGUGA